CAGGUUAUUUGAUUCUAACAUUCUUCAAAGGAGCUUUAAACAAAUUCGAGGGACCAUACACGUCUACCAAGCAUCAUGUUGCUUUCAGAGCAGAAAAAAGCGGCGAACAUUUACUGAGAGCCAUAAAAAAAUUGAAGAACGAUAUCGGUGAUACCAGCUUCUCAGAGAUCAUACUUACAGCAGUAUCUGCUAGCCUAUACAAUCAGUUCCAAAAACACUAUCAUCGAGUACCAAAAUCUGUGUCUUUGGCUAUAAUCGCCACCAGAGAUUUAAAACCAAUGAAUGUAAACGGUGUGCCGAAACUAAGAAACCAAUUUGGAUUUGUAAAUUUAGAAAUACCGAUUAAAACAGGAUCCAGUUCGCUUCUGCACCGAAUGGAUUUGUUGAAGAAGAAUUCCAGAAACUUGAUGAAGAGUCCAGAACUAUUGAUUCGUAAUUACAUCAGUUUCAACUUACUCCAAUUAAUACCUGUACCCGUAAUAAAAGUUCUCUUUCCUUUAAAAAAUAUAUGGGGUUGCAUCAGUAAUCUACCAGAAUUUCCUAAAAUUGUUCUGUUUAAUGGUUACGAAGUAGAAGAUGCCUAUUUCUUCACUAUUCAGAGAGACCAAAUGACUACUGGAUUUUCUCUAAUCAGUUACGACAGCAGAAUCCAUUUAGGAUUCAUAGCUGACGUGGCUUCGGUCGCUUCGAAAGAAGAUUGUGAUGAAAUCGUCAACGAUGUUUUUAAGAAUAUCGAUUUACUAAAAUUAGAAGUCGAAAAGA